AUGUCUCAGAUCCCGUACCGGAGCUUCAUCUCUUCGAAGCCCUUCCUUGUCGUGGGACCACUAUGGGCAUCGUUUUAUGCGCACAGCGAUCUCCUGGCGCAGUCAUCUCCAGUAUUCGACAGAGAUGUCAAUGGGGAGAUGAGGGAAAAACAGCUGGAAACAAUCGAGAUUAAAGAUGUGAAUGGGGACAUCGACGACGACACUGUGAUGCGUUUCCUUGAGUACAUCUACAGUGGCGAUUAUACUGUGCCAGAUCCUGAUAUCGUCCAACUCUCGACGGAUUCAACGGAGCCUCAAGAAGCCUUUGUCCCUAAAGCAUUGAUGGCACCGGAAGACGACUGGGCUGUGCCUUUCACAGGCAAGAGAGAGAAAAAGAAAAAGAAGAGAGAUUCUGUGCUUGAGUGGAGUUCUGGACGUGAUCUGAGCACAGAGAAUCCGUCUCCGUCGGUUAAAUCAGCAAGGGAAGACAAUCAACAUGUGCAAGGAACACCAGGACCCAUCGUUCAACGCGUUGACUCUGACCGGCAAAAGCUUUGGGACAGCUUCUGCUCUGGCGUACACGUUGUGGAACAUCAACCAUGGAGACCACGGGGUCAGAAUGGCGAACGUGAGGAUUAUACCAAUAUCUUCCUGUGUCACGCGCGCUUGUACAAGUUCUCAGAUCGUUAUGGCUGCAAACAGCUCAUGGAUUUAGCCUUACAGAAACUUCGAUUGACCCUGUCCCAAUACAUCUUUUACCAGCAACGCGCACCUGAUAUUGUGAAAUUGAUUCAGUACACUUAUGCUCAUACUGCAGACUUCGACCAUGGGCACGAUAGACUUCGGGCUCUCGUACUGGACUUGACACUUUGCUAUUACCGUGAGCUGAUCGAGCACCCGCUUUUCGUUGAGCUGUUACAAGAAGGAGGGUCGCUUUCAAGCGAUGUUAUGGUCGGAGUCGCCCCAAUGGUCUCUUAA